CGUCCCACCGAAAUGCGCAUCGAAAACGAGUUUCGAUUCCUGUCCUUUCACGCCUCUAGCGAAAUCUCGAACUAGCCUCCCGCUUCAAACCCACCACCACCACCACCUUCUCCUCUUUCUCUUCCUCUCCUCUUCCUCUUCUCUUUCUCUUCCUUACACUAGAACCCAAGUAACUCACCCACACUUACUUGCACUUCUUUCGACCACCAACAACUCUCCCCCUCGCUCAUCUACUUGUUCCUCACUGCAGCUGCACAAGUACAUCUCUCUUCGCGCAUACACACUGAGCACAUACAGUCUCUCGAACCCCACGCUCCCGAACCCCCCGUCGUCCGUCGCACGUCCGUAAGGCUGCCCCGAGUCCGACGUCAACACACAACCCACGAGAGAUGCCUGACAACUCCCGGGGCCGAAAGCGAAAGCAGCCCGCAACGCCGACUCCAACCAACCUCCGUCCCCCGCCCUACCACAUCAACCCGAACGAAAACCGUGGUCCUUCCAACAGGGGAGGUCGCCAACAGCGUCGCGGUAAUCCGAACACGCUACAGCAGCAACAACAACAACAACAGCAGCAGCAACAGCAGCAGCAACAGCAGCAGCAGCAGCAGCAGCAGCAGCAGCAGCAGCAGCAGCAGCAGCAGCAACCGCAGCAGCACUCUGCGACGACGCCGGCGAUGGAUACCACCGACGAUGUCCAAUUUCACACUCCGGUGGACGACAAGCCUAAGCAAUUCUACCAUUGGGACUUCGUGACUGACGAUUCACUGAAAGACUGGAGUGGCGCGACUUCCGCAGUGAUCAAGGAGCAGCUUAAUGAGCUCGCGUCCGAUAAGACUAAUGACAUCGAGAUUUCAGUUAUCUUCCAGGAGCUGAUCAGAACCGCGGUCGACGGCCGGCUAUCGCCUUUCAUGGUCGCGCGUUUCCUUCAAGACUAUUUCGAGACCCACGACCCGAACGCCAGCCAGUUGGAUGUUCGCCGCAUCUUCUUACAGUCGGUCGGAGUUUUCGAGCCGCUGGAGACUACCGCUUACCCACCCGAAUCGCUGGUUAAGUUACUGAAGGGAUUGACCCCGCGACCGUUUUCGGAGGUCGAAUUGUCAAAAUACCUCGAAGGGAACACUCUCUCCAUGCUGAAUAUUGUGUCGAGUACGUACAGCAAGAAGGCCAUUCGUGUUACUACCGCGAUGGUCUACAAGCAGCGGAAACAUAAUCUUUUACGCGAGGAGACCGAGGGCUUUUCGAAGCUCAUCACCGAGUUCUUUACGGCUUCAUAUUCGGCGCAGCCAUUGGAAGUUGUGGGGAGGACCGGUGAGAGAGUGAAAGGUCUGAUUGGUGCGUUUGAGCUGGAUCCGGGAAGAGUAUUGGAUAUUCUGCUGGAUACGGCGGCUUGCACGGUGGUUUCGAAUGCCAGAUUUUUUGUCCGGCUACUCAAGUGUUCCGCCUGGUGGCCUCAGCAGCUACAGGGUGUCGUCGAGGAAGAAACCCAGAAGGGCCGGUCGAAAGAAGAGAAGGAACGAGAGAAGGAGCAAGAGAAGGAACGGGCGGAUCGGGAAUUCUUCGACAAGCUGGGCCGGGACGGCAUCUCCACUUUCUUCGAGAACCUGGACAAGGGAACUGGAAAUAAGGUCGCAGCGCAGCUGUUGGGUUUCAAGUUCCGGUACUACCAGAAGGAAGAAGUCAACGAUCCGACUCCUGAAAAUCUGCUCGUGCUCUCAGCAUUGCUAAUCAAGAUUGGUUUUAUCGACUUGGCCGAUCUCUACCCCCACCUUGCGCCCCUAGACGAUGAAGGCAUGAUGUCGGUGCUUUAUGCGUGGAGAGCGAAGCUCGACGAGAAACAAGUUGACCGGAAGCGGAACGCGCUGAUGAUGGCCGGUGCUUUGGCGGACGAUACUGCCCCUUCUAUGCGGGGGAUGAAACCGAACGGCAACGCUGGAAAUGACGAUAAGAAGGCGGAGGAACAGAAGAAAGAAGAAGAGGCGAAGCCGAAGAAGGACGACAACCAGAAGCUUGUGCUGCUGAAGUAUCUUUUGGCCGUCGGCGCCCUUCCAGAAGCAAUGUUUAUUCUCGGCAAGUAUCCGUGGUUACCGGGUCCGUCGGACGACAUCACCGAACACCUCGCGCGAGUCAUCACCCAGUCUUUGGAGGGCAUUUACCCUUCUCACAGUCCGCCGAAUAUCGAAAUGGGAUCCAAGGUCAUAGCUUCGACACAGACAGGAAAGACAGGCGGUGUCCAGAGAGACCAGCAACCUCGGCGGAAGCCAAUGGUUACAUUCACGGUUUCCAAUUUGAAGCUCAAGACCGGGGACAUCGAAUACCGGUUCUUCUGGGAAGAGUGGAAAGAAGGCGUACCGAUAUGCAGAGAACCGAAGCAUGUUGUUGUCUUGAUGGAAACGCUCGGCCGGGUUCUCGGAGUGAGGAUUGGCCGCGAUGCGGGAGUCAUCACCAAAGUUUGUCGCAUAGGACGUGACCGCCUUCGGAGCCCCUCGUGCACACCAGAAGAGAGACAGUCGUGGAUCGGCCUGGCUAGAAGCCUGUUGGUCCCCGCGAUCAGUUUGACGGACGGAAAUCAAGGCAUUGUCAACGAAAUCUGGAAGCUGCUCGAAUGUUUCUCUACCCAGACAAGAUACUCCCUCUAUGGAGAAUGGACUUCGGUCACCAGCAAACGCAUUCCCGAACUCAAGAAUGAAGUCGCGGCGACGGAGCGGAAGACGAGAGAUCUCCUGAAGCGUAUCAGCAAAACGAACGUGACCAAGAUGGCGAUGGAGCUGGCGAAGAUUGCUACCAGUAAUCCGGUCACCGUCAUGCAGAUUGUCUUGGGUCAGGUCGAAGGUUACGAUAACCUGAUCGAGUGUGUGGUCGAUGCUGCGCGGUACUUUACGCCGCUCGGAUUUGAUGCCGUGGGCUUUUGUGUUUUGAAUAGCAUGAGCAACGAAAACAAGAUGAGAGUGCAGGCCGAUGGAAUGUUAACCAGUAAAUGGCUGCAAUCCCUCGCCAAUUUUUGCGGCAAGAUCUACACCCGAUAUCACAAAAAGAUGGAUACUGGUCCUAUCCUCGAAUACGUCGCCCGGCAAUUGAAACGCAAUCGCUCUGUUGAGUUAAUUGUCUUGCAGCAGUUGAUGCAGUCUAUGGCUGGCGUCAACCCCGAGACGAACCUCAACGAUGCCCAAUUGCAGGGUCUUGCCGGCGGCGAAUGUCUUCGAAAGCAGAUUCUCAAGGCGUUCCGCGAUCGAAAGGCUGAGGAUUCAGAAGCUACUGUGACCUCGCUCAAGAAUGCGUUGCUGAACGAGAACCUUGCUUCGCAGUUGUUGAUCCUGAUCGCUCAGGAACGACAGACGUCGAUCUUCCGCACAGAGUUGAGCUCCGCUCCUCUGAAGGUUCUUGCCAACCUUUUCGACGAGAUUCAUGUGGUGCUCAGUCAGUACCUCGAUCUCAUGAAGAUGUCUUUAACACCCGACCGUUUCCAGAGCGUCAUCCCUAGUGUUGGUGCGCUUUGUCAGAAGUAUGGUAUCGAGCCGCCAAUUGCUUGGUGGAUCUACCGGCGUGGACUUCGGAGCAAGAUGGAUCGCGCGGAGUCUUUGGACAGUGAGGACGUUGAAAUGAAGGAUACCACGGUCGCCGAAGCAACAACGGACGCCCCCGAGAAAAAAUCUCCGUGGAACCCGGUCUUGGAGAAGAUGUUCGACGAGGUCAAGCAGAUUCUCCCGGAGUCGGUAUGGACUAAGAUGAGCGUCGGUUUCUACAUCACCUUCUGGCAGCUCGAGACAUACGAUAUCCUCGUCUCCAUAGAUGCAUAUGGUAGCGAACAGGCCCGGCUAAAGGUACAAAUCCAAGCGUUUCAGGAAGACAAGUCGGAUACUUCCCUAGCUGGACAACGCAGGAAGAAGGAAAAGAUUGACGAAAAUACCAAUCUAAUUGCUCGCAUUGGCGCAGAAGUCAAGGAGCAUAUGAGGCAUCACCAAGUCGUGCGCCGUCGGCUGAACGUCGAGAAGGAUCACUGGUUCAAGGACGAUGGCUUCAAUCAGCGAGAAAUUACCGAUGCUUUCAUCCAACACUGCAUCUUCCCGCGCAUCAUGAUCUCCCCCAAUGAUGCUAGUUUUUGCUCCAGAUUUAUCCGAGAGGCUCACAGAUUGGGAACCCCGAAAUUCCAUACCAUCGGCGUGUACGACAGUAUCUUCGGAAGAGGAUUGAGCACAGUUCUGUUCAUUUGCACCCAGCGUGAGGCGGAGAAUUACGGGCGAUUCCUGAAGGAGGUGCUUUACGAUCUGCACGCAUGGCACGGUAGCCGCGAGCUAUACGAGAAGGAAGCCCACGGAAACAACAAGAACUUGGUUGGAUUCAACGUCAAGGGUGCGCCUUUCGACUACGAGGACUUCCGGAAGAUACUUUACAAGUGGCACAAGACUCUGCACACAGCGGUUAAGAACUGUCUAUCGAGCAAGGAAUACAUGCACAUUCGCAACGCGAUAGUUGUUUUGAAGCAUGUUGCAGACUUCUUCCCCGCCGUGGACUGGAUCGGUAGAACGGUGGUGGAGCGCGUUGAGGACCUGGUCAAGAGCGAGAAGAGGGAGGAUCUGAAGAUUGCGGCAAUGACUCUCCUUGGAAUGCUGAAGAAGAGGGAAAAGGAUUGGGUUAUUGUUGCUGCGUUCCAGAAGAGCGAGGCACCCCCGGCGAUGGCGAAGAAUGAUGGAAAUAGUAAGCCCGGCACUCCCAUGCAGCAGCAGCAGCAACGGCCAGUAUUACGGCAGAAUCCACCCAGCGAUUCCUCUUCCAAUGCUCAGAGUCAGAACCAGAACCUGGCGAAGAGUUCGACUACUCCUGUCACGUCCUUGCCCUCGAAGCCGCAGAUCGGUGAUAAGGAGGAUGGCGAAGUCGACGAUCGACGAGGCGGUGGAAGGACUCUUCCAGUUGUGCCGAACCUUCCUCAGCGUCCGCAGCAGAUUCCGGUUGGAAGGAGAGAGAUGGCCACCCCGGUUAGAGAGCCUCCUCAACACCCACAGGGUCAGCAACCGUCGAAUAAUCGCGUUCCCACUCCGAGAAACGAUACGAGGCAGCAGCAGCCCAACGAUAUUCGUCGGCAGCAGCAAGAGAUGACGCGGACGCCUUCUGGCCGUGGACUCGUCCAACCCCACCCUCAGCAUCAGCUUCCUGAGAGGCCUGAUUUGCCCAGACAAACGACUCUUGAGAGGAGAGAGACGAUCCGGGAUGCCCGUGAUCCGUCUAGACAGGACAAUCGGGGAAGACCAGAGAGCAGGUUGCCGGAGAAGCCGGUGGAACAGCGACGCCACUCUCCUCGUCGGGACUCAAGGGGCGACCCGCGAGAUUCCAGAGACACCAUGCCGCACCGCCAUGAGCCUGAGCGACGUGGGCCGACGGGGAGGGAGGCCGAGUUCCAGCGUUCGGCUAUGCCGCAACAGCUGAGGGACGAGAGGGGCCCCAGGAAGGAUGAGCCUCCGAAUAUGGGGCGGGGCAUGCAGCAACCCAUGCCGGAGCCUGACGAUCGGAGGAUCUCAGGACGGGACGAGAGGGACAGUCGCCGGCGCAGCGAUCGCCAUGAGCCUGCCCCCCAGAGUGGGAGGCUCAACGACUACCCGAUGGACCGGGCCGACCAUGGGGAUCACAGGAUGCCUCUGCAAGAUCAGAGCAUCCGGAAGCCGGAGGUUCAGCCAGCGCCGGCUCGGUAUGGGGAGGACAUGGUGGCUCAGCGUCAGCCGCCUGCUGGUCCUAGAUCGGCGGCGUUUGAGCGACGCAACCAGCCGUCGAAGGAGCUCUUCACGGGACCUCAAGCGGCGAACCAGAUGCGGGCUCCCCCAUCUGGUCCGUCGCAUGAGCAGUUCCGCGAGGGAAGGCAUCCUCCGGCUGGGAGCUACCAUCAAGACCCCAACCACGGCCGGCUCAAUCCUCCGGAGCCCGUGAUCCCCAAGGGUCCCCGUGGGAGGGAGGCGCCGCUUGGUCCUAGAGCGGUGAACAUCCGUGGCAGCGCCAACCAGGCCGCCCAGCAGCAGCAGCAGCAGCAGCAGCAGGCACAAGCCCAGGCUAUGCCGCAGCAGCAGCAGUCGCAGCAGCAACAGCAGCAGCAGCAGCAGGUGCAAUCUGCCCCUGCCACGCCACGAUCUUCUGGGCCGGAGCGGAAGAUCGAGAUGCCACCGCCGAACGUUGAGCGCGGCGGUGCGGCCACCCCGGCCAUUGACACGAUCGGUAUCCAUCCCGAUCGUCUCAAGGCCAUGGGGGUGGCUGGCGGGCCGACCAUCUCGCAGCAGCAGCAGCAGCAGCGCUCGGUGCCUGGCACCACUCCGUCCGCUCCUCCUUCCGGUCCCCGCGCAGAUCCGCCUGCCGCCACGCCGACUCCUUCCGCUCUGGUACCUCCUGCGCAGAAGGCCGCGAGUCCGCCUACCGGACCGGCCCGAAGCGAGGAGGCUCGCAACAAUCGCCGGCGCAUUCUCAAUGUGCAAUCACACCUCGCCGGCGAUGAGCGCGAGAUCCGGGGACGGGGCCGUCGGACUGGUGGCGGAGGCGGUGGCAGUGCGGCGACGACCCCGACCACUUCCGCUGCUCCCCCGAGCCUCCUCAGCCGAACCGGUUCUGCUGCCGACCUGACCGGCGCAGUUCCGGAGGAGAGAGAACCCCACUCUCGCCGCGGUUCUGAGGAGCACACUCCGCGCAGCAGCCGCCACCAUCGCUCCGAGCGUGACCGGGAGCACCGGGAACGCAGAGAGGGUGACUCCCGCAAGGGUAGUGACCGUGGCGGCAGCGGCAAGGAGCGUGAGCGGGAGAGGGAGGGGCGGAGCCGGCGCGGGGAGGAGCGCGAAGAGAGGAGAGAGAGGGAGAGGGAGAGGGAACGGGAUGUUAGCAGGAAACAUCCCCGACCCGAAGACCCGAAGCGGGAGGGCGGCGGCGGCGACGAGGUGAAGCGUCGGAGGAGGGGGGGUGGUGAGAGGUGGUGA